AUGGAGCAAAGGAUCAGCUACAACGUGUUUCUGCAGGAAGAUUUCACAAUGAAAAAAACUACCCACAGUUGCUUCUUACUGAUUAUCCUUCUUACUAGAAUGGUUCCAAGUUUUACUGCUACUGUAAAUUAUACUGAUCCUACAUUAGAGCCUGUAGUAACUGAAAAUUCAGUCAUACGACAGAAGAUAAUAGAUUCACAGUUCAAAUGCUAUGAGAGGAUGAACAGAGCUCCUCCAUAUAGGAAAAAAGGUCUGUUCUGCAACCGAACGUGGGAUGGCUGGCUGUGCUGGGAUGACACGCCUGCUGGCAGAAUCACUGCUCAGAACUGCCCAGAUUAUUUUCCAGACUUUGACCCAACUGAAAGAGCUUCAAAAUACUGUGAUGAAACUGGAAACUGGUUCCGCCAUCCUGAGAGCAAUCGAACUUGGUCCAACUACACUCUGUGCAACUCAUUCACGUCUGAAAAAUUGAAGAUGGCGUUCAUACUUUAUUAUAUGGCGAUCGUUGGCCAUGCUUUGUCUAUAACAUCCCUGUUGAUUUCCUUGGCAAUUUUCUUCUAUUUCAAGAGUCUCAGCUGUCAAAGGAUAACAUUGCAUAAGAAUUUGUUUUUUUCUUACGUGCUGAACUCCAUGUUUACGAUUGCCCACCUCAUCAUCGUUGUGCCUAACCCAGGCCUUGUGAAAAGGGAUCCCGAAGUGGUAAAUCAGAGCAAUAUCUUGGUUCAGUCCUUUCAGAAAGUGGCACAACCUGAGCCAGCCCUCAGCUGA